CGCCGCUGUGAUUGGCGCGGCGGGAUCACUGGCUCCCAAGCCCGGCCCGGGGGAGUCGGCUGGAGCCGGCUGCGCUUUGAUAAGGUCCUGGCAACUCAGUAACAGCCCGAGAGCCGGGAAAUAAAAAUAACCCCGCAGCGCGAUGGAUUUGGGGGCUGCCUGGCGACCGCGGCGCCCGCCUCCCGGGUCGAAAGCCCUGCUGUAAAAGAGAGGAGGCUCAGAUGAGCCCCUGCUGACUUGAGAGAGAGAAAGAGAGAGACCACGAGGAUUGCUGAGAGGAACUGGAAGAAAAAAAAUCCCAACUCAGUAGAAGAGCUUCCUCACUAUGAGUAGCGCUGUGUUGGUGACUCGCCUCCCGGAUCCCAGCAGCAGCUUCCGCGAGGAUGCCCCUCGGCCCCCGGUUCCAGGGGAAGAAGGGGAGACCCCACCCUGCCAGCUGGGGAUGGGCAAGGGCCAGGCCGCUAAACUCGUGCCUGUCGCCUCAAACACCAGGCGAAAUGAAGAUGGAUUGGGGGAGCCCGAGGGGCGGGCAUCCCCGGAUUCUCCUCUGACUAGAUGGACCAAGUCCCUGCACUGCUUGUUGGGCGACCAAGACGGUGCUUACCUCUUUCGGACUUUCCUGGAGAGGGAGAAAUGUGUGGAUACUUUAGACUUCUGGUUUGCCUGCAAUGGAUUCAGGCAGAUGAACCUUAAGGAUACCAAAACUUUGAGAGUAGCCAAAGCAAUCUACAAGAGGUACAUUGAGAACAACAGCAUUGUCUCCAAGCAACUGAAACCUGCCACCAAGACCUACAUAAGAGAUGGCAUCAAGAAGCAACAGAUUGACUCCAUCAUGUUUGACCAGGCACAGACUGAGAUCCAGUCGGUGAUGGAGGAAAAUGCCUACCAGAUGUUUUUGACUUCUGAUAUAUACCUCGAAUAUGUGAGGAGUGGGGGAGAGAACACAGCUUACAUGAGUAAUGCUGGACUCGGGAGCCUAAAGGUCUUGUGUGGCUACCUCCCCACCUUGAAUGAAGAAGAGGAAUGGACUUGUGCUGACUUCAAGUGCAAACUUUCACCCACUGUGGUUGGCUUGUCCAGCAAAACCCUGAGGGCCACAGCGAGUGUGCGGUCCACAGAGACUGUUGAAAAUGGAUACAGGUCCCUCAAGAGGAGCGACCCUGUCAAUCCAUAUCACAUGGGUUCCGGCUGUGUCUUUGCACCAGCCACCAGCGCUAAUGACAGCGAGAUUUCCAGUGACGCGCUGACAGAUGAUUCCAUGUCCUUGACGGACAGCAGUGUCGAUGGAAUCCCUCCUUACCGUAUGGGGAGUAAGAAACAGCUCCAGAGAGAAAUGCAUCGCAGUGUGAAGGCCAAUGGCCAGGUGUCCCUACCUCAUUUCCCGAGAACCCACCGCCUGCCCAAGGAGAUGACGCCCGUGGAACCUGCCGCCUUCGCGGCUGAGCUCAUCUCGAGGCUGGAGAAGCUGAAGCUGGAGCUGGAGAGCCGCCACAGCCUGGAGGAGAGGCUGCAGCAGAUCCGCGAGGACGAAGAGAAGGAGGGGUCCGAGCAGGCGCUGAGCUCGCGGGAGGGGGCGCCUGCCCAGCACCCCCUGUCCCUCCUGCCCUCUGGCAGCUACGAGGAAGACCCGCAGACGAUUCUGGACGACCACCUGUCUAGAGUCCUCAAGACCCCUGGCUGCCAGUCACCCGGCAUGGGCCGCUACAGCCCGCGCUCCCGCUCCCCCGACCUCCACCACCACCACCACCACCACCAGCAGUACCACUCCCUCCUCCCGCCCGGGGGCAAGCUGCCCCCCAUCGCUGCCUGCCCACUGGUCGGCAGCAAGGGCUUCACAACCAAACAGACGACGAAGCACGUCCACCACCACUACAUCCAUCACCAUGCCAUCCCCAAGACCAAGGAGGAGAUCGAGGCAGAGGCCACACAGAGGGUGCGCUGCUUCUGCCCUGGGGGCACCGAGUAUUACUGCUACGCAAAAUGCAAGAGCCACCCCAAGGCCCCAGAGCCCAUCCCCGGGGAGCAGUUUGGUGGCAGCAGAGGCAGUACCUUGCCCAAACGAACCGGGAAAGGCACGGAGCCGGGCCUGGCCCUGCCCUCCAGAGAAGGAGGGGCCCCUGGAGGAGCUGGGGCCUUGCAGCUUCCUGGGGAGGAAGGAGACAGGUCGCAGGAUGUCUGGCAGUGGAUGCUGGAGAGUGAGCGGCAGAGCAAGCCCAAGCCCCAUAGUGCCCAAAGCACAAAAAAGGCCUACCCACCGGAGUCUGCCCGUGGGUCCUCAGGUGAACGAGUCAGCCGGCACCAUCUGUGGGGUGGCAGCGGGCACCCCCGGCCGGCUCCCCGCCCCCACCCCUUUACCCAGGACCCUGCCAUGCCUCCCCUGACACCACCCAACACCCUGGCACAGCUAGAGGAGGCCUGCCGCAGGCUGGCAGAGGUGUCCAAGCCCCCAAAGCAGAGGUGCUGUGUGGCCAGUCAGCAGAGAGACAGGAACCACUUGGCCACUGGUCAGGCAGGAGCCAUGCCCUUCUCCAACCCAAGCCUGGCUCCAGAAGAUCACAAAGAGCCAAAGAAACUGGCAGGAGUCCACGCGCUCCAGGCCAGUGAGUUGGUCGUUACUUACUUUUUCUGUGGAGAAGAAAUCCCGUACAGGAGGAUGCUGAAGGCUCAGAGCUUGACCCUGGGCCACUUUAAAGAGCAGCUCAGCAAGAAGGGAAAUUAUAGGUAUUACUUCAAAAAAGCAAGUGAUGAGUUCGCCUGUGGAGCAGUGUUUGAGGAGAUCUGGGACGACGAGACGGUGCUCCCCAUGUACGAGGGCAGGAUUCUGGGCAAAGUGGAGAGGAUCGAUUGAGCCUCGGCGAAGCGUGGAGCUGGGGCCCGCAUGCCCUGUCUUGGACCUAAGCAACAGCCACACGACAUUUUGAAGGAAAAUUAAACCAAUGAAGAAGACUAACUCUGGGGAAGCAUUGGCCACUGGGCCUUCGGGAGGGGGGGAGGUUGAUUUUCAUUAUUCAUGAGCUGGGUACUGAGAUAAGAAAAGCCUGAACUAUUUAUUAAAAACAUGACCACUCGUGGCUGUUGAAGAUGCUGACUGUGUUGGAGAGCCUGCCAUACAUAAUAGAUGACUUCCUAGGGGUCUGAGAUCCAUAAACUGAGCGAAGCUGUGUGUAGCUUACCUGAACAGGAGUCCUUACUGAUAUUUAUUGAACAGUUGAUUGCCCCCAGCCCCAGUUUAUGGAUAUGCUGCUUUAAACACGGAAGGGAGAGGGGAAGUUCAGUGGUUCUGUCUGCACUUAGGAGCGGAGCUGGGAGUGCACGGAGGGUUUCUUGGCGAAGAAGGAAUUGCACCUUGCACUGCCUUUCUCCCGGGGAGGAUGGACAUUUUUUUUUAAUGGUGCCCUGCCAUUGACACAUGCAGAAAUUGGUGCAUUUUUUUACCCCUGUGCUGCUUUGUCAUAAAGGUCUUGAGGGUUGGCUGUGUGCCGACCUCGCCUUUUUGGGGUGGUCACGUUGGAUGGGCUGCUCCAUCGUGGAGGAGGGGGUGCCUUGUUGGGGCCCCAGAGUCACCCUGGGACCGAGGCCCCACAUCUUGUAGCCUCUCUCAGCCCUGGGCCCGGUGGCUGGGGCUGCUGGGAUCCCGGCCGUGUGGUUCAAGCUGUGCUGGUAUCGAAGUGGCGGUUCUGAUUUUUUCCCAUUAGUCUUGGGACCACAGCCGUUCAGGAAACUCUCGCCACCCCUGCCGCCACCCUGCCCACCCAGAGGCAGGGAGACCUAGCAGCACCUCUCCUCCAGCACUUGACUGUGUUGGGGUUUGUGUUAAGUUAAUGUGUACAUGGUCCGCCCUGGUCACCUGUACCAUACGUCUGUAUAUAGUGUACGGCAAAAGAGUAUUAAUCCACUAUCUCUAGUGCUUGACUCUGAAUCAGUACAGUACCUGUACCUGCACGGGACCCCCUGUGUGUCGCCCUAUAUUGAGGGCUCAAGCUUCCCUUAAUUUUUGAAAGGGGUUUAUGUAUAAAUAUAUUUUAUGCCUUUUUAUUACAAGUCUUGUACUCAAUGACUUUUGUCAUGGCAUUUUGUUCUACUUAUACUGUAAAUUAUGCAUUAUAAAGAGUUCAUCUAAGGAAAAUUACUUGGUACAAUAAUUAUUGUAAUUAAGAGAUGUAGCCUUUAUUAAAAUUUUAUAUUUUUCAAAA